AAGUUGAAAGGAGUACUGGCGGCGUACCUAGGUAGUUACAGUAGCUUCCCAUAAAAAAGGCGCUAAAUAGCGGCCGAGCAAAACCGCGAACCUUUUUUGGAAUUGACAAAUGCGAUCUUCAUCCUUGCUUUUGGUAACACUCAACCACGAAUUCGUUAUUUCGUCUUCAACUUUAUCAAUAUGAACGGUGUUAAUGGUCACGCAGCUGCCUCUGCGCUCUGGCAGGAAGCAAGAAAUGCAGAUGGACGAGUUUAUUACUACAACACUAUCACGAAAGCGACGCAAUGGACCAAGCCCGAAGAUUUGAUGACACCUGCAGAGGUAUAAUUCUUCACUCCAUUCGAUCAUUUAUCAUAUAUCUUUUACUGACAAGUUUCGCAGCGUGCGCUAUCGAAUCAGCCAUGGAAAGAGUAUACGGCCGAAGGAGGGAGGAAAUAUUGGUACAACACUGAGACGAAGCAAAGCUCAUGGGAAAUGCCAGAUAUAUACAAGGAGGCUUUGUCAAAAGAGACGGCUUCGCCAGCAGUUGCUGCCGCCACGUAUGUACUUCUUGAGAAACGCUUUGGAUGCCAUUCUAACUUUGAUUCCAUAGAGUGCCAACCUUCGUCGCAGGAGGUGGCUUUUCGGCAUCUCAGUAUGACCAACCACGAGACAGAGAACCUUUAGGAGAAGCUCGUCAAAUCGCAUAUGGCAAUGAUGUUAAUGGAAGUCGCGCCCAAGCUUUUGUACCUGCUAACAACGAUCCCGAUUAUUCUACUUUUGAAGAAGCAGAAGCAGCUUUCCUCAAGCUUUUGAAGCGACACAAUGUUAAACCUGACCUUACGUGGGAAGAAGUUAUGCGAUCGAUUAUCAAGGAUCCUCAAUACCGAGCUCUCAAAGACCCCAAGGAUCGAAAGGCUGCGUUUGAGAAGUAUGCUGUUGAGGUUCGGCUGCAAGAAAAGGAUCGUGCAAAGGAGAGGCUUGAGAAGCUCAGUUCUGAUUUUGCUACUAUGCUGAGAAGCCAUCCAGAAAUUAAACACUACACCCGAUGGAAGACAGCUCGGCCUAUCAUCGAAGGGGAAACGAUUUUCCGUUCCUCGAAUGACGAUGAUGAAAGACGACAAUUAUUUCAAGGUUAUAUCAUGGAACUUAAGAGGGCAAAUAUGGAAAAAGAGGCCGCAAUGAGAAAGGCAGCAAUGGAAGAUCUUGUUGAUCUUUUAAAAGCGUUAAAUCUUGAACCAUAUACAAGAUGGUCAGAAGCACAAGGUAUCAUCCAGUCACAUCCACGUUUCCAAGGUGAUGAGAAAUUUAAGACACUCAGCAAAUCGGAUAUGUUGACAGCGUUUGAGAACCACAUCAAAUCUCUUGAAAAGACAUUCAAUGAUGUUCGACAGCAGCAGAAGACUCAAAAGCUAAGGAGAGAGCGUCAGAAUCGAGAUCGGUUCAUGGGUCUUUUGCGGGAACUUAAAGCUGGAAACAAAAUCAAGGCAGGAUCAAAAUGGAGUCAAAUUCAUCCUUUGAUUGAGAAUGAUGACAGGUACGUUGCUAUGUUGGGUCAGUCAGGAUCUUCUCCUCUGGACCUAUUUUGGGAUGUGGUUGAGGAAGAAGAACGCGCAUUGCGUAGCACACGAAAUGAUGUAUUGGAUGUUCUUGAUGUAAGUUUGGUAUGCUCUUAAUGCGAUAAAACUCCACUGACCGCUUGCCAGGAUAAACGGUUUGAAAUCCAGCAAAAGACUCCAUUUGAAGAGUUCCUAGCAUUAAUGCAGAAUGAUCGAAGAACUGCUAACAUUGACCGAGACUCAUUGUUGCUAAUAUUUGAUCGCGUCAGUACCCUCCCCUUACCACAAACGACCCUUAGCUUACCUUGGAUAGUUACGUGAAAAGAUUUCUCGAAGAAACGAAGAUGACAAGCAUCAAGCAGAGCGCCAUCAACGCCGAGCCGUGGAUAACUUGAGAUCUUAUAUUAAGCAUCUCGAACCUCCUGUUCGCAUUGGCGAUGAGUAUGACCGAGUUCGCUCUCGUUUCGAAGGAUCGGAAGAAUACCUUGCCGUACCAACCGAUGAACUUCGGCGCUCUGCUUUUGAUAAGGUAAUUCGUCGGCUUAAAGAAAAAGAAGAAGACGCCGAGAAGGAUCGUAGCAAGCGCCGUGAUAGAGCUUCAGUCGAUCGUCCAACUCACAAAGACCGUGAACGAGAGCGAGGACAUCGUGGCUCCGCUCGGCAUGAUAGGCGUAGCCGCUCACCAGAGCCUGAUGCAUAUGAAGCAGAUAGACGAAAAGCUAUUGCUGACCGCGAGAAGAACUACCGAAAAGGUGGCAUGGCUGACACGUUGCUUUCUCCAAGUCGUCGUGAUAGGCGUGAUCCUGAUAUCCAUGAUCGUGAACGCGAGCGUGAUAGACUGAUGCGGGAUCGUGAUCUCGACAAACCCCGCAGCAGACGAGAAGAUUCAAUGAGUCAUUACGAGCGAGAAAGGAGAGAUCGCGAGGACGAGAGAGAGAAGCUCUACAGAAGACGUGGGGAUCCUCGAGGUAGCAUCGAUGAGUUGCCUUACGGCGAUGAACGAUCAAGUACACCGAGAAAAAGGAGAGAAAGUGAAGUAGAUAUUCGUAGGGAUAGUAAGGUCAGUCACAUCGUCUUGUUAUUUACUCUUCGUACACUCAAAACUAUUUUCUUUACAUUCAAAGACUAACGUAAAUUCCGAGAACAGAGAACCAGAAGGGAAAACACACCUAAACAACGUGAGCGCUCCCCAGUUCCCCCACGUGAACGGCGUCACAGGACUAGGACACCACCGGCUGCGAAAAUACCCGCCAAGGAAGAGCCUGCUGUCCAUUCGGGUAGCGAGGAAGGUGAAAUCGAGGAAGAAUAGAGGAAUUAGUUGGACCUCUUUUUAAUGACCAAGGUUAUCAUGCACCAAUUAGAUUGAAGAAAAUUCGCCAUAACUGUACGUAUCCGCACGCACCGUACUUCUAUUUUUGGCUUGAUGAUAUUGGCAAGCAGGCAGUUUUCGACCACAUGGUAUUCAGCAAACGAGUUGUAUUGCUGAGUUUGAGCAACGGAGACGAGAGAUCAAGGCGAGGUAAAACGAAGAACAGGACGAGCAUGAAAAAUUCGGUGUG